GCACCGCCAUUUCGGGAGGUACACACAAAAUAAAGUAACGCCACAGACGCGGGUUCACCCCUAUGGCUCCUCCUUUAAUGUCUGGAAAGUUCUAUGCCCUUCUUAUAGCGCUUGUCAUAUGUCGGUCUGCAAGACAACGUGGACCUGAAACCAGCACACAAGGAGAACACACACUGCUUUAAUACGAGUGAGACUGGCGCACGAGUGUUGCAAGGUCUCAGCGUAGCUAGCUAUCAUCUGAAACGUGUGUGAAUUUAAUAAACUAAAGCGUUCACAAGUGAGUGAGGUUAGCAGAGAGCUAAAAGCAGCGUCGGUGACGUGAGACAGGUUGUUGCUCUCAGCGUGCUCCGAGCAGGAGUUAGCUAGCUUUAGCCAACACUACUAUUAGCCAGGGAAGUGUUGUGAUGGUCGGAGUGACAAUGACUGCAGAGGAGCAGACAAGUGAAGGACAACACACCAUCGCGAUGGAGGGAGAGGACAUCACACCGAAGAAAGACGGGGGUGUGUUGAAGCUGGUGAAAAGGGAGGGCACAGGCACAGAGCUGCCCAUGACAGGAGAUAAAGUGUUUGUACAUUAUGUGGGCACCCUACUGGAUGGUACUCACUUUGACUCCAGCAGAGACAGAGGAGACAAGUUUACCUUCGAGUUGGGCAAAGGUCAAGUAAUAAAAGCAUGGGACAUCGGCGUAGCCACCAUGAAAAUCGGGGAGGUGAGCCAGCUCAUAUGCAAGCCAGAGUAUGCUUACGGGUCUGCUGGUAGUCCACCGAAGAUACCUCCCAGUGCCACUCUUGUAUUCGAGAUUGAAUUAUUUGAAUUUCGGGGUGAGGACAUAACUGCCGAUGAGGAUGGAGGAAUCAUCCGUCGCAUUAUCACGAAAGGAGAGGGAUAUUCCAAGCCUAAUGAAGGAGCAGCUGUUGAAGUUACUGUGGAGGGUUCCUGUGAGGGCCGUGUGUUUGACGAGAGGGAAUUGAAGUUUGAGAUUGGAGAUGGAGAGGGUCUCGGCUUUCCAGUUGGAGUGGAGAAAGCUAUCAUGGCAAUGGAGCAGGGAGAGGAGGCACUCUUCAUUGUGAAACCCAAGUAUGGCUUUGGGAAUGCAGGAAAUGCAAAGUAUAACAUCCCUGGUGGAGCAACCCUGCAAUACAAAAUCAAGCUGACAGCCUUUGAAAAGGCUAAGGAGUCAUGGGAGAUGAACACAGUAGAGAAGCUGGAACAGAGUGGCAUUGUCAAAGAGAAGGGAACACAGUAUUUCAAAGAGGGAAAAUACAAGCAGGCAUCAGUGCAGUACAAAAGGAUUGUGUCAUGGCUGGAACAUGAGUCGGGUUUGUCAGAGGAGGAUGAGAAGAAAGCGAAAGCACUGCGACUGGCUGCACAUCUCAACUUGGCCAUGUGCUUCCUUAAAGUACAAGAGCCAAACCAAGCCCUGGAAAACUGUGACAAGGCUCUGGAAUUGGAUGCAUCGAGUGAGAAGGCUUUGUUCCGAAGGGGAGAGGCACUAUUUGGUAUGAAUGAGUUCGACAGGGCCAGAGAUGACUUCCAACAAGUUAUUCAGCUGUAUCCUGCCAACAAGGCUGCUAAGAGCCAGGUGGCUCUUUGUCAGAAACGUAUCAAGGAGCAGCAUGAGAAGGACAAACGCAUCUACGCAAACAUGUUCAAGAAAUUUGCUGAGAGGGAUUCAAAGAAAGAAGCAGUGAGGCCGACAAAUAAGGAGAACGGUGAUGAAGAGAUGGAGAUUGAGAACGGAGAAAAGGAAGCUGGGAGUGAAACAAAAGUGUAGAUGAAGACGUGGCUGUUGUUGGUUCAUCUGUACUUAAGAGUUUUGUAACUUCAGCCACUUGAGUUGAAAAUGUGUGUAUGCCUAUGUCAACAGUAUGAGUGUGUGUAUGAGUACAAGCAUGUUAACGAGCACUGACUUUGGGCGCGUCUCUCUCUUGCUUCCCCUGUGUCCAAUCUUUUUCGCUGUGUCUGCUAGCCAGGUGGGUGGGACUAUGCUAGCUGAUGGCACGAUGGGUCGGGGGUUUUGACAAACUAAUGUCCACCACCAUCAACCCAUUCAACCCACAGCUUUGAACUCUGCAUGUGUUUUCAACAGCCUUUUUGGGUUGAAAACAAAUGCAUCCAAGUGUUAAGUGCAUAAUUUCAGACCCUCACCCAUCAAGGGCUAGACCAGUUACCUUGCACUACUCUGUCCUAUACCCCCCCUCCUCACAUUUUUAUGCUCUCCAUCCAACCCUCCUCUCAUGGGCCUACUGAUCAAUUUCUGGAGUUGUGGUGGCUGUUUGCAUAGACGUGAUGUUUCUGAAUGUUAGAGUACCUGUGUCCCAAAGUACGUAUGUAGCAGCACUGUGGAUAAGUUGAGUAAUCAGACAUAAGCCUUGAAUAGCUAGUCGGACUUUAAGCUUCUCUGUCUAUCUAAAGCCGGAGCUCCCAUAUAGCCCCCAAAGUACAGGACUGUCUUUAUUUUUGAAAUGUUUGACUUUGUAAUUCUUUCCAGUGUUGUGCUUGUGAUUUAUGUACUGUUAUCAAAAUAAUAGAUUCAACAAAUUACUUAACUGGAAUAUGUUUGUUUUAAAGCAGCUAUAAAGGACGUGAAUUGGGUUCUUAGAAACGUUUGAAUAAUAAACAGUUUAAUAUUAGUCUUAAUUUACUGUUAAGUACAUGUGUGAAAAUGUGCAGAAAUGGCUCAUCAGAUUCAAGCUGUUAAAGACGGUACACCAUAGGAAGAUGGGAACCCAGUUUAUCGGAGUCCACAGCACCUGUAGGGGGGGUGGCGGGCAGAAACUGAAUAAGGGGGCAUAUUUACAACAGAGAUGUUUUGAGUUUAUCUUUUUCUGUUGAAGGGGUCACUGCUUGUUCUGCCCUGACAGAAUGAUAUAAUAAAUAAUAGAUUCAACUUGA